GGAGAGGAGCGGUGCCGGCAGCAGCAGGUAGGUGCGGGCCCUGAGGCGAGGCGGGAGGAGGCCGGGCCUGGCGGGGCGGCCCGCGGGGCGCGCUGCCCGGUGCUUGUAGCUGCAGGGAAUGGAUGCGGCGUCGGUCAGCGUCGUGACGGGCGGUGCGAAAUAUAAGCUGCAUCAUCGGCCCUGCUGAUCUGCAGCAUUUCGUGGGGAAAAGCAACACGCAGCGUUGGCUGACAAGAUUUAUGCAUGCCGUUGAUUCCGGGAGCAGGCUACUGUGGUGGAGGUUUACGUUCUUCUGCACCUGGGAGCAUCCAUGUGAGACUUCUGCACUGUAAGACCAUCUGACCCUUUAAAAUGCAGCCUGAGGCGCAGAAAAUCAAAGUACUCUGAUUAGGGAAUCAUCACCCAUCACUGCAAAAAACAGCAUGCUGUGAACUUGCUUCAAGCUUUCUGCCUCGUCAGCUGACCCUGACCGGCUGUGCUCUGAGCUUGCCUUUGGGACAUGGCCUUCAGCAGCUGGAAGAGGCUGCUGCUGUCAGGCAGGGCCUGCAGGAGGGGAGGCCCCGCUCUGCGCUGGAAGCGCUGCUGCCACUGGAAUGCCGGCAAGUCGCUGGACCCUGAGGUGAGAGCAUUUUUGGAAGAGAACACGGAGGUGACCAGCAGUGGGCACCUGACACCAGAGAUCCGGCUGCGCCUCCUCACCCCUCGCUGCAGGUUCUGGAGGGAAAAGCCUGACCUGUGGCCAUAUGGGGACCCGUUCUGGGCAAUUUACUGGCCAGGAGGCCAAGCCCUGUCCAGAUACAUUUUGGACAAUCCAUGUGUUGUCAAAGGGCGAUCCGUUUUGGAUCUUGGAAGUGGAUGCGGAGCAACUGCAAUAGCUGCUGUGAUGAGCGGUGCAUCUCAAGUCCUCGCUAAUGACAUUGACCCCAUUGCAGGAACGGCAAUGAUUUUGAACUGCGAACUGAACCACGUUACUCCCUUUCCCAUCACCAUUAAGAAUAUCAUUAACUCAGAGGCUGGCAACUGGGACCUCAUUGUUCUGGGAGAUAUGUUUUACGACGAACAACUCGCUGAUGGUCUUCAUCACUGGCUGAGGAAAUGCAUCAGGAUACAUCAAACUGAAGUGCUGAUUGGUGACCCUGGAAGGCAUCAAUUUUUAAGCCACAGCAUUCACAAUCAGUUGCGUAAAGUUAUAGAAUAUUCACUUCCUGAGUAUACUAGACAAGAAAACAAUGGAUUAACAUCAAGUACUGUCUGGAGUUAUCAGCCCUCAAAUAGCUUAGAAAGCUGUUAAAAUUCGCUCUCUAAUGAACUUUGUCUCAUGUGGCUGUUUUUGGAGUAUAUAAAAUGAAAACGGGAAUUGAACAUGGAACGCUGCUGUUGAUACAAAGUAGGGUACUGUUCCUUCACGUACUUAUUUCAGUCAUGUUCACUGAGGCUUUGGCUCUGUUUGAGGUAAAACUACAUGCAAACUUUAUUCAGCAAGGCAUGCUGAAGUGCAAAUCCAAAGAUAGUUACAUUUUGGAGUUUGCAUGCUUGAUGUUUUAAUCUGUGUUAAUCUCUCUUUGACACCAUUGUGAAACUUGUUAGAUACCCAGUAUGCCACUGCGGGGGGGAGAGGAGGAGGGUGGUUGAAAGAUGACUGUGCUGCUUUCACACAGUUCUGCAGCUUAUUUACAGAGAGCUGUAAAGAUGAGAAAUGUAAAGAUGUAGAUUAUUAUGUUAUACUUAAUUCCAAGUGCCUUACUCUGUGGUUUUUUUUUGGCUAAUCUCUUCUGAAUGUCCAAGUAAUGAAUUUGAGGCUCCCCCUUCCCUCUAAAAUAAACAAAAAUGCUGCUCUA